AGUCUGCGCGAACCCCGCGCACCCUUCAGAGCAGAAGCCGGGAGAUAAGAUGGCGGCCGCCGACGGAGAUGACUCCCUUUACCCUAUUGCUGUGCUGAUCGAUGAGCUGCGGAACGAAGACGUUCAGCUUCGUCUGAACAGCAUCAAGAAACUCUCUACCAUUGCACUGGCCCUGGGAGUUGAGAGGACGCGCAGUGAGCUUUUGCCUUUUCUCACAGACACUAUUUAUGAUGAGGAUGAAGUGCUACUUGCUCUGGCGGAACAGCUGGGAACCUUCACAGCUCUGGUUGGGGGCCCUGAAUAUGUCCAUUGCUUGCUGCCUCCGCUUGAGAGCCUUGCUACUGUUGAGGAGACAGUGGUCCGGGACAAAGCAGUGGAGUCUCUGCGAGCCAUCUCCCAUGAACACUCUCCAUCUGACCUUGAGGCCCACUUUGUUCCCCUUGUGAAGCGCCUGGCAGGAGGUGACUGGUUCACCUCCCGCACCUCUGCUUGUGGCCUCUUCAGUGUCUGUUACCCUCGAGUCUCCAGUUCGGUCAAAGCUGAGCUCCGACAGUACUUCCGGAACUUGUGCUCAGAUGACACUCCGAUGGUCAGGCGAGCGGCAGCCUCUAAACUGGGUGAAUUCGCAAAGGUCUUGGAGCUGGAACAUGUCAAGAGCGAGAUCAUCCCCAUGUUCUCUAACUUGGCCUCUGAUGAGCAGGACUCUGUGCGUUUGUUAGCUGUGGAGGCCUGUGUUAAUAUUGCACAGCUCCUGCCCCAGGAGGACCUGGAAUCGUUGGUGAUGCCAACACUACGGCAAGCAGCAGAGGACAAAUCUUGGCGGGUCCGUUACAUGGUGGCUGACAAGUUCACGGAGCUCCAGAAAGCUGUCGGUCCAGAAAUCACAAAAACCGACUUGGUCCCGGCAUUCCAGAACCUGAUGAAAGACUGUGAAGCUGAAGUGCGAGCUGCUGCCUCCCACAAAGUCAAAGAGUUCUGUGAAAACCUGUCUGCUGAUUGCCGUGAAAAUGUCAUUAUGACCCAGAUCUUGCCCUGCAUUAAGGAACUCGUGUCAGAUGCCAAUCAACAUGUAAAAUCAGCUUUGGCAUCUGUGAUCAUGGGAUUGUCUCCCAUUUUGGGCAAAGACAACACAAUCGAACACCUUCUGCCUCUCUUCUUGGCUCAGCUCAAAGAUGAGUGCCCGGAAGUCAGACUCAAUAUAAUCUCUAACCUGGACUGUGUGAAUGAGGUGAUUGGCAUCCGGCAGCUGUCCCAGUCCCUGCUGCCAGCCAUUGUGGAGUUGGCAGAGGAUGCCAAGUGGCGUGUGCGACUGGCCAUCAUCGAGUACAUGCCCCUGUUGGCUGGGCAGCUAGGUGUGGAAUUCUUUGACGAGAAGCUAAAUUCCCUUUGCAUGGCAUGGUUGGUGGAUCACGUCUACGCUAUCCGAGAGGCAGCUACCAGCAACCUCAAGAAGCUUGUGGAGAAGUUUGGCAAGGACUGGGCCCAUGCCACCAUCAUCCCCAAGGUGCUGGCCAUGUCCAACGACCCCAACUACUUGCACCGCAUGACCACGCUCUUCUGCAUCAAUGUGCUGUCAGAGGUGUGUGGGCAGGAGAUCACCACCAAACACAUGCUUCCCACUGUGUUGCGGAUGGCAGGCGACGCCGUAGCAAACGUCCGCUUCAACGUGGCCAAGUCCCUUCAGAAAAUUGGACCAAUCCUGGACAACAGCACCCUUCAGAAUGAGGUGAAGCCAGUGCUGGAGAAACUAACACAGGACCCCGAUGUGGAUGUCAAAUACUUCGCCCAGGAGGCGCUGACUGUGUUGGCACUGGUUUGAGCCCUAGGAGCCCCGAUGCUGUUGUCUCUUCCACUUGGGCCCCAAUUGGACCUAUCUUUCUCUCCCCCUCCCCAUUUCCCUGCAUGUCUAUGACCAGCCCCCACCCCAAGUGGAUCCAUAUGGUGAUAUUGGUCAGUGGCUGACUCUGGAGUCCACCUCCCUCUUCCACUCUUAGCUCCAUGUUCUGAAACCUUCCUCGGCAGCUGUGAUACUUCCUCCCUAUCUCAUCUUAGCCAGGCUCCAUCUUUAGUUUUGUUGUGCCACCAGGUGGCAGCAAAUGGCAGCCUCUCCCUCACCCCCCCCCCUCCAGUCCUGCCUCCUGGUGCAAGCUCAUGAGAGGCAGAGCAGCCCCUUCAAACCUACACUUGGCAUGAUCAAUGUGAACACUCUGGGGAGGCAAAGUGCUUGGGGCUUCUGUAACCUUUUGGCCACAGUUUGCAUGAGAACUUCCCCACAGUGCUGUAUGUAGCUGUGCAUGAGGUAUUGAUUUGGCCUUCCUCUUGAUGAACUUUGCUCAGUGGGCAGCCAGAUUGCCCCUGCCACUCCCCCAUCCCAACGAUUUUAAAAGUCCCA